AACACAAGGGAUGCGUCGUGAACGUGGACGUGAUAUUAUUCCCUUUUAUGUGCAAACCGACAUCAAAUCGUAGAGUUUUCCCAUGACAAGUAUGAAAACAAAGGCAAACAGUAGCGAUGGUGGACGAAGAAGGGGGCGCUCCAAGGCAGCUCAGGAACGCCAGGAAGCAAUACCGAGUGGCAACAAUGUCUUUGUUCAAUUUCUGGGUGAUGCUGACACACUGGAGACAAUCCAGAGCAUCAGCAAGGCGGCGCCGACGCGAUCGCUGGGCCUGACAUUGGCCCAAAAGAGGGUAGUUCCGGCCGCUGCCAGUGCCAGAGACCACACCAUUCGCCGCCGGCUGGUGGCGGCGGACUUUAGUGCGGGGGAGUCCGAUUUGGACUCAGAUGGGGAGCCGGCGGGCGCGAGCGAGGCGCUGCGCCAGCUGAACUCGGCGCAGCUGGAGGAGCACGGCGGUGGUGACGCGGUGCGCGGCAGCGCCGUCUUCGGCUUCCAGCGCCGGCAGCGGCGGCAGCACUUCCGCAAGGUGGCCGAGGAGUACGCGGCGGCGUCCGAGACGGCAGGGACGCGGUCGGAGGAGCCUUCCACGCCGAAGCGGGGCCCGGCGGCCGACCGGUCAGUCUCGCGCGGCCGCGGCCGCGGCCGUCGCACCCCGGCCACGCCCACUGCGGGUCGGGGCGGAGGCGGCCGGUCAGUGGCCGUAACCCCACGCACGCCUCAGACACCUGGGAGAACACCUACUCGCCGGGCCGCGUCGCCGCCAGCCAAAACGCCGCAGACUGUGCGCCGCCGCAUCAAGCAGCGCCUGGCAAAGCUGCAGCAGGAGGAGAUCGCCGUGUCGGACGACGACAGCGACUUCUCGCCGCUGGAGGAGUCCUCGGACAGCAGUGAAGAGGAUGAGCCGGAAGCCGCCGGAGACCGGGAGAGCGGGUCAGACGAGGACAAGGACGCCGAGGAGGAGGAGGAGCCGCGGCAGCGUUCAGAGGCGACUGUUGCUCCGCCGGCGCGCCGCGGCACCGCCCGCCGCCGGUCGGAGCCGGCGGAGCUUGCCGCCGACGCCGAGCAGUACUUCGCUCUGCACAGCGCGCGCGGCGUCACCUCGAACCACACGCUGAGCCGGUUGGCCGAACCGCGCCUCAGCCACGCCGCGCUGCAGACGCUGCUGGGCGGGCGGCCAGCUGACCACGCGGCCGAGCGUGCCGCGCUGCUCGAUGACGUUGAGCUGCUGUUCCCGCACUGGCUGGUCGCGCUUGGCCACGGCUUCAACGUGCUGCUCCACGGGCUCGGCAGUAAGCGGGCCGUGCUGGAACGACUGCGUCUGACACAGCUGCAGCACCGGCUGCACGUGGUGGUGAACGGCUUCCACCCGAGCGUGACGCCGCGCCAGCUGCUGCAGACGUUGCUGGAGGACGUACUGGAGGUGGCGGCGCCGCCCGGCCGGCCCGAGGCACAGGCCGAGGCGGUGUUGCGCCGCUUCUCGGGGUCGGGCGACGCGCGCCUCUUCCUGCUGGUGAACAGCAUGGACGGGCCGAUGAUGCGGGGCGAGCGCAUGCAGCAGCUGUUGGCGCGGCUGGCGCAGGCACCGCGCGUCCACCUGGUCGCCUCGGUCGACCACAUCAACGCGCCGCUGAUCUGGGACCAGCACAAGCUGGCCCAGUUCAACUUCCUCUGGUUUGACGCGACGACGCUACUGCCGUACACUGAGGAGACGUCGUACGAGAACUCUCUGCUGGUAAGGCAGACAGCCGACCUGGCGCUCUCUUCCCUGCGCCACGUCUUCAAGUCUCUCACGCCAAACGCUCGCGGCAUCUUCAUACUGCUCGCCAAGCACCAGCUGGAGAACGCUGAUGACCGGACGUUCGAGGGCCUGCCGCUGUCGGAGCUGUACCGCCGCUGCCGCGAGCAGUUUCUAGUCAGCUCGCAGGUGGCGCUGCGCGCACAGCUGACCGAGUUCCGCGACCACAAGCUCAUCCGGUCACGCGCCACCCACGACGGCGUGGAGCAGCUGACCGUCCCGCUCGAGGCGCCGCUCAUCGCGGAGUUCCUGGCCGGCUGCGACGACAGCUGACCGC